GUUUCUCGCUAUAAAGUCCCUCAUGCCGACGUUACAGUAUUAAGAUCUUUUCAACCUUAUUCCGUUCUCUCUCACUCAAAUAUUAAGAACUUUCAACCUCACGUUCUCUCUCACCCACCCUCUCACCCACCGUCCACGGCAGCGCGCCACCGCUUCACCGCCAUCGGCUCACUGAGAUCCACUAUCCCUGGAAGUCACAUGGCUCAGUUUGUAGAAUUUUUUAAAAAUGUUUUCUCAUGGCUAAGCCAAGACUUGGAGGAGAGUAUGAAAACUCUUAAUAGAAAAAUAUUAUUGCUGGAAGUUCCGAAAGAUGAUGUGCACGAAACAUAUAAUCAUGGAAAAAAACGCAAGAGAAAUGUUGAAAAAUGGUUGAUUGAUGUUGGAAACAAUAUAUCAGAAUCUAAAGCUCUUGAGCUAUAUUUUCCUAAAGAGCUUUUUCUUGAGGUUAAUGAGAGCAUUGACAUCUGGAUGUCAUUAAUGGAUGACAGUGUCUUAAGCAUUGGAAUUUACGGAAUGGGUGGAAUAGGUAAGACAACUUUGGCAAUGCAUGUCCAUAAUAAGCUUUUAAAGGAAUCCACAUUCUUGGGUCAUGUUUAUUGGGUCACAGUUUCUCAAGAGUUCAGCAUUUACAAGUUGCAGAAUGAUAUUGCCCAUGUCUUGAAACUAUAUUUCUCAUGUGAGAAUGACAAGAGGAGAAGGGCAGCUGAACUCUUCCAAGCAUUCAAGGAGAGGGGGAGAUUUGUACUUAUAUUAGAUGAUGUCUGGAACCAAAUUGACGCAGAGGAGAUUGGUAUUCCUUUAGGAAUGAAUGGAUGCAAGUUGGUCAUAACAAGUCGUUCUAGCGAAGUUUGUCAUUGGAUAGGUUGUCAGAAGAUUAUAAAAGUGAACACACUUUCCGAACAAGAAGCUUGGGAAUUAUUCUUGAAGAAACUUGGCAGAGUUGAACUUCAUCCACGAGUAGAAGGGAUUUGCAAGAAAAUGGUAAAAAGAUGUGGUGGUUUGCCACUUGCACUUGUCACAUUGGCUGGAAGCAUGAGGAGGGUUAGUGACAUUCAUGAAUGGAGAGAUGCAUCCGAAGGACUGGCAGAAUCAUGUAUGGGACGAGCCGGAAUGGAAUAUGUGGUUCUGCCAAUACUCUUAUAUAGUUAUGAUCGAUUAAGAGAUACAAUGCUAAAAGGUUGUUUCUUGCAUUGCUCCCUGUAUCCCGAAAACUGUCAUAUUCCAAGAGACGAAUUGAUUGAGAAUUUCAUUUCAGAACAGCUGGUAGAGAGAAGUUAUAGAAGCUUUAGAGCCGAGAUUGACCAAGGUCAUGCAAUACUGAAUCAAUUGGAGAGAGUCUGCUUACUGGAAAAGACUUCAAAUGGUACAGAUGUGAAGAUGCAUGUUUUGAUCAGAGACAUGGCAAUAGAGAUCACUAAAGAGAACCCUAGAUACAUGGUAAAAGCUGGACUUCACUUACGGGAAAUACCAGAUAUCCAAGAGUGGACAGAAGAUUUGGAUAAGGUUUCCUUGAUGGAUAACACUAUAAUGGAAAUUUCACCUGGCAUGUCGCCCAAGUGUCCUCGACUUUCAACAUUAAUUUUGAGUGGCAAUCCUUUGAAGAGGAUUCCAGAUUGUUUCUUUGUGCACAUGUGUCAUCUACGCACUAUCAAUUUAAGUCUCACUAAAAUUCAGAGCUUGCCAAAUUCUAUUUCAGACUUGGAGGAUCUUAGAACAUUAAAGCUGAAAUUUUGUAAUGAACUGGAAUCGAUGCCAUCCCUGGAAAAACUCAAGGAAUUGAGACAUUUGGACCUCACAGGUACUAGAAUUGAGGAAGUACCUAAAGGUAUGGAUAGCUUAACCAACCUUAGAUUCCUAUAUUUGAGAUGUUCUAAAUUAAAGGUGUUACCGACAGAGAUUUUGCAUAGACUCUCACGUCUUAAGUUGCUCUCAUUGCCAAUUCAUAUAUGUGUACCAAUAGAAAAAGUUGAGGCAUUGAAAAAGUUGGAAGUAUUAGAAGGCAGGUUAAAUAGCGCACGUGAUCUCAAUCGAUUACUAAAGUCUCGACAACGUGACAAGCGACUCAGUUUCUACAGAUUGUCUUUAAGCUCAAAAAGGUAUAGACAUUUUGAUGAUGUUCAUAUACUAAGCUGUAAACGGGCACAGUUUGAAGAUGGUAGUCUCAUGGAGUCCUCUUCACGCAAAGAUGGGAAUUUGCUUCCACGCGAUAUUCAAGAACUAAUCUUUGAUAAUAGUGGCUUGAGUAGUUGCUUAAUGGAUGAUUUCCCAAUUUUGAAUAAUGCUAGAGACUUAAAGUCCUGCAUCAUAGAAGAUGAGGAUAAAUUAGAGUGCAUUAUGAGGUUAUCGUCUGCAAAUGAACAACAAUCUAGUGGGGCCCCAUUUCAAAGCCUUGAAAUUUUGAAACUUUGGAACUUGCGAAAUUUUAUUGGACUCUUCAUGUGGGAAGCAGCUGCACCUCUUUCACCUUUCACAUUUUUCUGGCUCAAAAAGUUCAAGAUUGGAGAUUGUUGUAAAGUGAAGAAGCUUUUCCCUCAGAGUUUGAUACAUAAUUUUCGUAACCUCGAAGAGUUGAUGGUCUUUAACUGUGUACAAAUGGAGGAGAUAAUAGAAUGUGACAAGAAUGAAGGAGGAAACAGUAUUAGUGCUGAUAUCACAUUUCCAAGGUUACUUAUUUUGCAUCUUAGGAAUCUGCCACAACUGAAGAGCAUCUGCAGGGGGUUGAUUAUUUGUGAUUCCAUUCGGCACAUUCUUUUGGAGGGCAUUAAAAAGAUAAAGAAAGUGCCUUUAUAUCUGCAGCUUCUCAAUGGACAACCAUCUCCGCCCCCAUCUCUUAUAUUAAUUUGGAUAUGUAGAGAAGACAAAGAAUGGUGGGAAUCAUUGGAUUGGGACCAUCAAAAUGCCAACAGCGUCCUUGAACGCUUGGUAAGAUACUUUGAUGGGCAGUGGUGGAUGGCCCAGGAUCAGCCUUCUAAUACUGGCUAUGGCCCUGUUGAUAACUGAAGUUGUUUAAUCAAACUCUAUCCACUCACAGGAUUUUACAAGAAUGCUUAGCUAAUAUGGUUGGCUGGGAUUCAAGACAAUAUCUAACCUGGAGUUUGAUCAACGUGUUGCUGCACUUUUUAGGCAUUUCAUCGCGAUCCAAUUCGGUUUCUGAAGGUUGUCUUCUAGGUGUAUUAAUAUCUUAUUUGAUAAUGCAUACACGUCUGUAAUAAACAAUAUGUUUUGGAUAGUGUAUGUAUUAUAUUUUAUAAUUUUAUGAAACGUAUCGGACUUGAGAAUA